CCCUGUGCCGAGUCUACCUAAUGGAGCAUUCACGAAGACCAAUAUUACUUUUGGAAUUACGGUGGAAUUCUUUUGCAAUAUUGGUUACACUCUGGUGGGAGCAAGAAAUGCUACAUGCACUUCAAAUCAAACUUGGAGUCGAUCUAUUCCUACUUGCGUCAAACAAGGUUGUGAAAGACUUCGUAUUUCUAAUGGUCGACUGAGCUCUACUGAUACAAGAGUAGGCGCAGUCGUGUCAGUGAAGUGCUACCCAGGCUACAAACUCGUCGGUUCCAAUUGGAUAAAAUGUCUGUCUACGAAAGCUUGGAGUGGAGAAACUGUUUGUUCCAGUAUGAAUUGUCUGCUGGCAUUUACAAAGAUAAUUUGAACUUACAUGGCGAUUGUUUGUUUGUGCUAUUUGCAUAUGGUUUGUGAUUGGUAUAGUUGAUGUUACGUUUUCUGUUAGCUGUAGAUCCUUGCAGUGGAAAUCCAUUAUAUCUUGUCGGGUCUAGCGGAUGGUUUCGACAUGGCAACGCCAAAGUCUAUAGCGAUUGCGGAUGGUAUCUUCGAGGCAAUAUUGGUCUUAAAAUGAUCGUUAAUUUUCACACGCUGCACACUGCAAAUCUUGGCGACUUUGUUACUGUUCACGAUAGAGAUUCGUCGGGGACUGUCAUUGCGUUGCUCGAUGGAAAUUACGAAAACGAAUCCGUCGUGUCAUGCAGUAAAUCUCUUUUCGUUAGAUAUAUCAGCACAUACCAACUAGACUUCUCGGACUUUGUUGCAUCUUUUAAGAGUAUUGAUCGCAUAACUUCUCCAGAAUAUCCUCAACCUUAUCCUGUAUCUACAAGAAGAAUGUGGACUGUGUGUGCUUUAUCAUCCCAGCCAACUUAUCUUGACUUCACCGAUUUUGAUUUGGAGGAACUGGACAGUGUGGUAGUAACGUCAAGUAAACAACUCAAUGCGACGUUGCGGGGUCGACUGCUACCGUUUAGAUUUGUUCUUACUUCUAUUACCACUUUGCAUUUUACGUCACGUUCUCGGAGCGGAGAAGACAGCCUUCGGCGAUUCUCAGCUCAAAUUCUCGUUCCACAUUUGCCAAUUGAAAGUUGUGAAAGUCUUUAUAUUCCUUACGGUCAAGUGAACUCUACCGAUACGAACGUAGGCACAGUCGUGACAGUCAUGUGUAACACAGGCUACAUACUCGUCGGUUCUAACCGAAGAGAAUGUUUAUCUUCUCAAACUUGGAGUGGAAAGUCUGCGUGUAUAGAACUGCAGUGUUUUCCAUCGCUAUCAGUGCGUAACGCACGAUUUGUUUAUAAGAGUAAUGGCUCCGAAAGUGUAGUAAUGUUGGUCUGUGACACAGGCUACUCUGCUGACGGCACUUUGCAAGCCAUGUGCUCCAGUAGUGGACGGCGGCUGUAUGUUCAACAUCCAAGAAGUUGUAUGGCUAUUCGGUGCUCUCGGCCGAAUCUACUGAAUGGAGCGACAUUGAUGACGGAUGUCAUGCUAGGGAGUACGGUCACAUUUUCAUGCAAUAUUGGUUACAGGCUAGUGGGAGAAACGCGUGCUAUAUGCACUGAAAAUAGAAAUUGGAGUCCAGCUAUUCCUACUUGCGUCAGACAAGAUGUUCAGUAUCUAAUACACUAUCAUCUUCUGCACUUAGAGUUUCAAGCUCGUCUGAGUCUACCUCAGAUUCUUGUUUCUACAACUUUCAAGAAUGCAAGGCAUUUACUUUCAUCCUUUCAGGACAAUUUCUUCAACCGUUUAAUCACAUUCACAGCUGCCGCUCAACCUGUCGGCCAGAUCGAAAGCAAGUUAACUUCGCCCAGUGAUGGAGGGAUGAACGUUGCGUUAGAUCUAAUUUUUGUGAUGGACACAUCAGCAAGCAUUACUCGACGACAAUUUGAAAAAACUUUAAAACCGUUUCCAAAUAUGGUUGCUCGAUAUUUUCCCGUUUCGCCAUUGCGUACGAAUGUAGGCGCUAUUGCAUUUGGCUAUAACAUUUACAUCAUUUCAAAUUUGACAGACAAUUUCGAUGACUUCAAUCGCUCGGUUAGCAACUUUGUUUAUAAGAACGACGGCGGUACUAAUACUGGUCAAGCACUCUUACGGGCAAUAGAAAUGUUCAAGACAUCUGAGAAAUCAUUGGCAUAUACAAAGCGUGUUGUGAUCUUGUUAACCGACGGUUAUAGGAACAUGGGUCCGAGCAUUGCAGCUACCGUCAAACGUUUAAAGAAGAACGUAAUAGAAGUAUUCGCUUUUGGAAUAGGAUCGGAUGUUAAUAAAGUGGAGUUACACACUCUUGCUUCUUCACCAAGUCACAGACACGUUUUCCUUGUCAAAUCGUUCCGCUUGUUUCGCAACUUUACGUUAAGCAUCGUUCCAAAGCCGAUAACCGAGCAAUGUGGUAUCUCUGGGUUUCCUGGAUUUCAUUCUCGAAUAUACGCGGGAGAUAAAUCGGCACAUGGUGCAUGGCCAUGGAUGGCGGCCAUUUAUAAAUUCAAUUCAAUGUCAGUAUGGCAAUUUAUUUGUGGAGGUUCUCUUAUUAACAACCGAUGGAUCGUAACUGCCGCUCAUUGUGUUUUUGAUGACCGAGGAACUUCUAAAGAAAUAAUGAGAGUUCAACUUGGCAAACAAUAUUUGUAUGUAAACAACCCACACGAACAGACUUACAUGACAAAUGUCAGCAGAGCCAUAAUAACUAAGGCAUUUAACCCAGUCACUCACAACGAUGAUUUUGCUUUGCUACCUCUAAACAAAAACGUUACUUUGAACAGAUUUGUCCGACCAAUCUGUUUGCAUCAGCAUCCCAUUUACUACCAAAACUCUUCAAACCUUUAUGUCGGUCGGAGGGCUAUUGUUAUCGGAUGGGGAAGAUACGUUUCAUCUCACCUUGCGUUAUCUGCCGUUUUGAGAGAGACUACAGUUACUAUUCAAAAUAAAUCACAUUGCGAUCAACUCUAUUUGUACGGAAAUCUUACAGACAGUAUGCUAUGUGCUCGAGGCAAUCAAUCAGAUGCUUGCAAAGGAGAUAGUGGAGGUCCCAUGAUGUGUCAGAACAGCAAUACCAAUCGAUUUUUUCUUUGCGGAAUAGUCAGCUUUGGCUUCUCCAAGAUUUGCUUUUCAGGACACGGUGUAUACACAAAUAUUUUGAAGUUUGUUAGUUCUGUUGUGAUUCCAACUGUCAAUAAUAACAGUAUCGUUAGAGGCAGCUAGAAUACCAGUGGAUGUGAAGUUAUGAACACAUACGCCUGCUUUGCGUAUUUAGAAAUGGAUUGCAUACGCUAGAUGUGUUGUGUUUUGCUUGCUACGUUUUGCAAGAGUUGAUGUAAGCAAUUAUUUGUAUGGAUGUGACGUUUCAUGAUGUACAUGAUAUAGU